AUGUUCACUCACAAGCGCGCCUUCAAACUAAUUCUAAAAAUAGUUUUGGUCCUCACAGCUGUCUUACUUCUAGUCUACCUUGUAAUUUCGUCGUUGGACAAUAACAAGGCUAAGACUUUUCAAUCCAUAUCCCUGGAGUCGGGGCACUCAAACAAUAGCACCGUGAUUCUCUUUUGGAAUGGAUUCUUCGACGAUAACCAAUGGACGCUAACAGCGGACACUUUAAAUGUACAAUGUCCACCUAUCAAUUGCAUUUUAACCAAUCAGCACGAAUAUUUACCUUCGAUCGUUGAUUAUGCGGCAAUCGUUUUCCACACAGCGCGCCCUUUUCCAUUGUUUAACGGUCGACCGCGCAAACGGGCAGCUCAUCAAUGGUACGUUUUCUCACAAUUGGAAUCACCUGCGCACACAUGGCAUAAUUUCUACGAAGAAAGUGAAUUCUAUAACCUCACUAUGAGCUACCGCCUGGACUCGGACAUCGUAUGGAGUUACAACAGCAUUCGAGACAGUGCAACGAAUCAAGUAGUUGCACCCGUGCUGAAACCUCAAUGGCGCAAAGUUGAUGCGAAAUGGACACAAAACGAUUCGGAUUUGUUGGCGUCCAUUAAAAGGAAGAAAAAGUUGGCUGUUUGGUUUGUGUCAAAUUGUAAGGUGCAAUCUAAGCGAGAACGUUUGGUGAAGCAGCUGCAAGCACAUUUAAAUACGGGUAUAGAUGUGUACGGAAAGUGUGGACCGCUGAGAUGUGCACGCUCGAAUAGCAGCUGCUAUGAGAUGCUUGAUACCGAUUACAAGUUUUACUUAAGUUUUGAGAACUCGCUUUGCAUUGACUACGUUACAGAAAAGUUUUACAACGCUCUGCAGCGGCAUAUCGUUCCAGUUGUGUACGGUGGAGCAAAUUAUUCCAAAUUUGCCCCACCACUCUCUUACAUUGAUGUUCAAGAUUUUAAGAACGUUUCGGAGCUUGCGGCGUAUCUUAUAUAUUUGGAUAAGAAUCCUUUAGAGUAUGCCAAAUACUUUUGGUGGCGCCGCCAUUACACAAUCAUGUCCUUCGAUGGCGGGCUGCAAACUAUACCCUACUGCAGCUUAUGUGAGCGUGUUACCUCACAUCCGGCUAUGCGACGGUUAGAAAUCUAUAAAGAUAUAAACGCAUUUUGGAAGUAUAACGCAUGCUAUGCGGUGCCACGAAUACAAUUUUAA